AUGCAGUUUACAGCGAGGUUCCUAGCCGUGCUGCUCUUGGUCUGGAGCACGAGAGCUUCUGCUUUGCCAGGGGAGGAUAAGUUUUCGGUGCAGAGCAGCCGGGAGCAAACCAAAGCUCGUUCAGGCCUGAUCCUCAAGAUGCUGGCCGAUCUCUUGGAUGGGGCAGACGUGGGACGUGAUGGAACACCCUUUUCCAAUUCUGAAGACCUGCUUGACAAUAAACUGGAGGAAGAGCCCUCUGUGCUUGGGAGGCUAUCCCACAUCACCCAGCGAGAUCGCAAAGCCCCUUGCAAAAACUUCUUCUGGAAAACCUUCACCGCCUGCUAA